ACCGUUGAAGGGGUACCUGGAAAAUCCUGACCGUUGGGCGGGUAUAUAAAGCCACGCCCCAGACCACACCAGCCCCACACUAGUCUGUCUCGCUAGCCAGCCCACACACACACACUCAACAUGAAGCUUGUUGUCCUCGCCUGUCUGGUCGCUGCCGCCGCCGCCGCCCCUCAGUUCUCCCAGAACUUCAAUGUGCAGGAAGUACGUCGACCUGUCGCUAUUCUGAGGGACGAACGUCAGGACAAUGGCGACGGCAGCUUCACCUACGAGUUCGAGGCUGAGAAUGGCAUUGUGGUGAACGCUGAGGGCAGCCGAGGUUCCCAGGGCCAGAGCAACAUCCAAGGCGUCUUUAGGUAUCCUCUUCUCGACGGUACCGUCGCUGAGGUCCGCUACAUCGCCGACGAGAACGGCUACCAGCCGCAGUCUGACCUGAUCCCCACGCCCCACCCACUCCCCGCCCACGCCCUCGAGCAGAUCAGAGUUGCUGAGGAGCAGCGCCGUCAGGGCAUCACCUUCCAGUGAGCAGCACGGAUCCCAUCACCUUCUGUCAGAGAUGCCUGAGCACAUGGUGUUCUGUCAGUGAUGCCUGAGCACAUGGCAUUCUGUCAGAGAUGUCUGCUCAUACAGCGUUCUCUCACGAGGGCCUGAUCACAUGGCGUUCUGUUAGGAGCGUCUAACCCCACCGCCGUCUGACCUUCCAAUGUCAUCUCUAAUAUCCGUUUUUUUCCGGAUAUGAUUAUCUUUUCACGGAUUGUAAUUUUGAGAAUGAUGUACAGUUAAAUAAGCAAUCUAAUAAAACGUGUUAAACAAA